GAGAAGGAAAGUGGACUGAUAAGUAACUGUUUUGUUGGUUGUCUGUUUGAAUACACAUUUAUUUGCGUUUUGACGUCGAAGUUCUGCUGCAAAAGAACUUUAGUUAAGUGGGAAAAACGUUUGGUUUACUUAGGCGCGUCUAUUUUGUGUAUAAGAUGGCUUCUAAGGACAUUAUCUAAAAACUGCAAUAGACUGUAACGCGGCUUGAAUUGACCAAGUGUCAGGCAAAAAACAACAACAAAAAAGCGGUGACAAAAGUGAAAGGGGAUUGUGUAUAAUCAAACAGGAGCAUGGCGCUACCAAGGCUGACAUUCUCUGGUGUAGUUUUUGUAUUCCAAGUUAUUUUGUUGAUAUGUUAUAUUUCGUGCGUUGAUUACACGGAGUAUCAACAUCCUUCACACGCAUCAUGGACUGGUGGAAGUCCAGCCAAUUCUUCUCCUUACUAUUACGCCUUUUUCCAAGAUGUCCACGUGAUGAUCUUCAUUGGGUUUGGAUUUUUAAUGACCUUCUUAAAGAAAUACAGUCAUGGCGCAGUCGGUUAUAAUCUCUUUAUCGCCGCAGUAGUCAUUCAGUGGGCAACGCUAAUUAACGGGUGGAUUACAAACGCUUUUGAAGGCGCUGAAAAGCCAGAGAGGUUGACCGUAGAUCUUAAAACCUUGAUCACAUCUGACUUCGCUGCGGCAGCUGUUCUUAUCACAUUUGGAGCAGUGCUGGGCAAAGUAAGUCGUUUGCAGUUAUUUGUGAUCGGUGUAUUUGAGAUCAUCUUUUAUGCAGUUAAUGAAAACAUUCUGGUGCAUCAUUUAAAAAUCACGGAUGUGGGUGGUUCCAUGGUCAUACAUAUGUUUGGCGCGUAUUUUGGCUUAGCAGUAACCAGAAUGAUUUACAAGGAUGACCACAGUGAUGAGAAUCCGAAAGAAGGUUCCGUUUAUCACUCGGAUUUAUUUGCAAUGAUCGGGACUGUGUUUUUAUGGAUGUUUUGGCCAAGUUUUAACGCUGCCAUGUUAGGACCUGGACCACAGCAACACCGCGCCAUUAUAAAUACUUACUAUUCAUUGGCUGCUUGUUGCGUAGCAACGUUUGUUAUCUCUCCACUUGUAAACAAACAUCAAAAAUUGGAAAUGGUUCAUAUUCAAAAUGCUACCUUAGCUGGCGGUGUCGCAGUUGGUACAUGUGCGGAUUUAAUUAUCAAGCCAUGGGGCGCCAUUUUGAUUGGAAUGAUUGGUGGCAUUAUAAGCACUUUGGGAUAUGCUUACGUCACGCCAUUUUUGAAUUCCAAACUGAAGAUUCACGAUACAUGUGGAGUAAACAACUUGCAUGGAAUGCCCGCCAUCCUUGCUGCUAUUGCUGGCUCUAUUACUGCCUCUGUAAGUGAGAUGGACAAAUACGGAGAAGAAUUGUUCAACAUUUGGUCUGCACGUACUCCAAAACGUAACACGACGAUGUACGAUGCUGCUAUUGCCCGUAACAUCCAACUCUCUUCGGAUGGUAUCGGUAGAAGCGCGAAAGAGCAAGGUGGAUAUCAAAUAGCCGCCAUGUUUGUUACAUUGUUGUUGGCCGUGUUUGGUGGAUGUGUAACUGGCUUGUUCGUGAGAUUCCUAGACACUCCAAAAUCCCACCAAUUGUACGAUGAUGAAGAUUUCUGGAUAACUGAACAAGCAGAAGAGGGAAAUUCCAGUGCAAACGAAGCUUUACUCUUACGAGAGAAAAAAAUUGACAUUGAAGAAAAAUGCUGAGUCAGCGUUUUUGUUCAACGAUUACAUUUCAUAUUUUCAUUAAAAAAAUCAUGGGUACGAAAUUGUGUAGGUAUGGUUUAGAUAUGAUAAAAUUGGGCAAAAAUUGGAUAUUACAGUGAACACAUUAUACAUCAAUUUACACCAUAUAUAAAGCCUAAAAUGGCAAGUUCUUUUUGCAUCAAUGGCACCCAACACCCAUGUGGCUGCCUCCAUUCUAGUAAAUGCUCUCUCUAUAUAUAUGGUUGACAUCUGAAAUUUUUGUUACUCUAUAAUUUUCAGUAGUUUUUUGUUAUCGUUACUGUAUUUUAUUUUGUAGUUUUAUAUUCUCUAGUGUGUAAGAUCAUUAGAACUUGCUCGCAAUAGAUAUUUCUGCA